AUGCGCGCUCGCGCUCUGCCCGCCCGCGCGGCGAGACUGCUGCUGCUGGCCUUACUGCUGGCAGGCUGUGCUGGUAAUCCCGACGCCAAGCGCUUGUACGACGACCUCCUCAGUAACUACAACAAGUUAGUUCGGCCCGUUCUGAACGUCAGCGACGCGCUCACCGUACGCAUCAAACUGAAACUCAGUCAGCUCAUAGACGUCAAUCUCAAAAAUCAAAUUAUGACAACUAAUUUGUGGGUAGAGCAGAGUUGGUAUGAUUACAAGUUGUCGUGGGAGCCUCGUGAGUACGGUGGAGUGGAGAUGCUUCAUGUACCCUCUGAUCACAUAUGGCGUCCGGAUAUAGUACUCUAUAAUAAUGCCGAUGGGAAUUUUGAGGUAACUUUAGCUACAAAGGCGACUCUGAACUACACCGGUCGUGUGGAAUGGCGCCCUCCAGCCAUCUAUAAGUCCUCAUGCGAAAUUGAUGUCGAAUAUUUUCCAUUCGACCAACAGACAUGUAUUAUGAAGUUUGGGUCUUGGACUUACGAUGGCUUUCAGGUGGACUUACGGCAUAUCGACGAAGCGCGUGGCACAAACGUAGUAGAACUAGGAGUCGACCUUAGCGAGUUCUAUACAUCGGUUGAGUGGGACAUCUUAGAGGUACCCGCUGUUAGAAAUGAAAAGUUCUACACAUGUUGUGAUGAACCAUAUUUAGAUAUAACAUUCAACAUCACCAUGCGUCGAAAAACUCUCUUCUACACCGUCAACCUUAUCAUACCUUGUAUGGGCAUUUCAUUCCUGACAGUACUUGUGUUCUAUUUGCCUUCCGACAGCGGAGAGAAAGUUUCCCUUUCUAUUUCUAUACUUCUCUCUCUGACCGUGUUCUUUUUGUUGUUGGCUGAGAUAAUUCCUCCAACUUCACUCGUCGUACCGCUGCUUGGGAAAUUCGUUCUCUUCACGAUGAUACUUGACACAUUCAGUAUUUGCGUGACAGUGGUAGUGUUGAAUGUACACUUCCGAUCGCCACAGACACACACCAUGGCGCCGUGGGUGCGGCGUGUAUUCAUCCACGUACUGCCAAGACUCCUAGUGAUGCGUCGCCCCCACUACCGCCUUGAUCCACAUCGCAGUCGAUUCGCUGGAGUCGUUUCUAGCGAAGGUUGGUCACCCAUAGUCGGUCCAGUGGGAAUGGGACCGACAGGCUCUAUGGGACAAAUGGGUCCACUAGGUCUCUCCGGGAUGACGGGUAGAAUGACGGGCGAGAUGGCAGGAGGCGCUAGUGAGGAGCGCUCGCCGACACCAGAAGCUUGCCGCGUGCAUGACGCUCCUGCGUUGUGUGAUGCAUUGCGACGCUGGCACCGCUGCCCUGAACUACAUAAAGCCAUUGAUGGCAUCAACUACAUUGCGGAGCAGACACGCAAAGAAGAAGAAUCCACCAGGGUGAAAGAGGACUGGAAGUACGUCGCUAUGGUGUUGGAUCGCCUGUUUCUAUGGAUAUUUACCCUGGCUGUCCUAGUAGGAUCUGCCGGGAUAAUCCUCCAGGCGCCCACGCUAUACGACGAGCGCGCUCCCAUCGACGUGCGUCUCUCAGAGAUCGCCUACGCGGCGGCCAAGCCUCGCCCGCCUCCGCCGCGCUAG